AUGUCUACCAAGGAUGUUAUCUAUGCAGAAGCAGUAGCGAACUACACUGAAUCACAUCUCAUUCCAGCAGCACCAGAGCUUGACCAUGCCUACUCGAACAGUACAGCCCAUGGUAUACCAGAGAUCGCGAUCUCCCCGGCACAGGGCAAAUUUCUCUCCUUGUUGACCAAUGCUUCUGGUGCGAAGAACGUGCUUGAGCUUGGCACGCUUGGUGGCUACUCUGGCAUCUGGUUUUCAAAGGCACUCAAAGAGCGCGGGGGCAAGCUCACAAGUAUCGAGAUCGACAGCGCACGGCUUGAUGUUGCGACUCAAAAUCUCGAGUACGCCGGCGUCAAAGUCCCAGAAGAGGUUGAGAUUGUUCUGGGUGCCGGCUUAGAUGUACUGCCCCAGAUUGCCAAGGACAUUGAGGCAGGAAAACGCGAGCGUUUCGACUUUGUCUUCAUCGACGCAGAUUGGGACAACCAAUGGAAUUACUUCGACUGGGGUGUCAAGCUGUCAAUGGGAAAGGGAAGUAUCAUCUAUGUGGAUAACACUGUCCGCCAGUUGUUGGAGAGCGGUUCGGUUGGGCCGAAUAAGAAGGAUCCCAAUGUCGACAGCCUGGUUGAAAAGGUUGGAAAAGAUGACAGAGUUGAGGCGACUGUCAUUCAGACGGUCGGAACAAAGAACUUUGAUGGCUUCUUGCUGGCUGUAGUGAAAUAA